AAUUUUAUCAUCAAUGGUUCAAUCAGCCAUCUAAUAACAGACAAAGAAUGGCACUACGCCGCUUGUCCAAAAUGUGGACAGACGAUCUUCCAAACUGGAGAACAAUGGUUUUGCACACGUGAUGGAAACCAUGAGACAGCAAAGCACCUGUAUCGAAUUCGAGCCACGAUCACAGACAACACGGGCAACAUCACCGCAACAAUAUUUGAUCGUGCCGCAUACCAGUUGCUAGGAACGCCAUGUGACGAAAUGUUGAACAAAGAAACCCCGUUCCUUUCGCUACAAGCAAUGAAAAACAAGGAAGCUAGGUUUUAUAUUCAAGUAACAAAAGACACUAGAAACAGGACACUACGAUGCAUAGUGAACAGAGCCACAUACCUCAAAGAACAAACGGAAACAACUAUUCACGGAAGCAACACACCGACAUCAACAACCCCACAACCACCAACACCAGCACCUAGAAACCAAACCACAACAUCUGCUAAAAGGCCUAUUCUUCAAUCCGAAGGUGACAAAAACAACACUCAUAAAAGGAACAAGGACCACAUAUCCAUCAACUAGAAGAUCAACACCUUAACCCAGCUGCAGCCACUAAGUUAACAAAGAAGUUGCCGGUUUUUUUUAGUAAUAGUAGUUUUUUGUAACACCCUAAUGUAGGAAAAACUAAAGCACCUUUUGAAACGACAACUACACCAUGUUAUGCAGCGUCUAAUCCUUAUAUUAACUAUAAUAUGAAACCUCUACUUGUAGAAAAACAUUUUGUAAUCGCGCAACACGCGACAGUGA